AUGGCUCUUGUGAUCAACGAAGGAGCCUCAUCUUCAUCUUUCACCCACCAACCUGAAAAAUUUGAUGUAUUCUUGAGUUUCAGAGGUGAAGAUACCCGUUAUGGUUUUAUUAGUCAUUUAUAUGAGGCUUUGCGUAAGAGGGGUAUUCACACCUUCAUUGAUGAUAAGCUCCCAAGGGGAGCAAAAAUUUCUACACAGCUUUUCAAAACCAUUGAGAAGUCAACAAUGUCAAUAAUCAUAUUUUCUGAAAACUAUGCAACCUCCACUUGGUGUUUGGAUGAGCUUGCCAAGAUUGUUGAGUGUAAGAAAAAUAGUGAGUUAAUGAUACCGGUUUUUUACAAGGUGAACCCAUCAGAAAUACGCAAGCAAAAUGGAAAAUUCGGGGAUGCUCUAGCUGAACAUGAAAAAAACAUGGACAACAAGAAAGUACAAAGAUGGAGAAACGCUCUCCAAGAAGUAGCUAAUAUAUCUGGUCGGCAUUAUAAUAAUAGUUGCAAUGAGUUCGACUUUAUCCAAAGAAUUGUUGAAGACAUUUCAAAGUUGAAAUUAAAUCGCCCAUCAUUAUUUGUUGCUCAAUACCCAUCAUUAUUUGUUGCUCAAUACCUUGUUGGAAUAGAUAAUCGUAUAAAGACCAUUCUUUCGGAUAUUGAGUCAAAUGAUGCUCACAUGAUAGUGAUCUAUGGUCUUGGUGGAAUAGGUAAAACUACAAUCACAAAAGAGAUUUUUAAUAGAAUUUGCAGUCGUUUUGAAGGAUUUUGUUAUCUAGAAAAUGUUAGAGAAAAAUCGGGCACAAAUGAUGGUGUAAUUAAACUACAAGAGGAACUUCUUUUUGUUAUCUUAGGGGAUAAAAAUUUAAAGGUGGGUAACAAAUCUAGAGGGAUCAAUAUGAUAAAGGAAAGACUUUCUGUAAUGAGGAUCCUUUUAGUUCUUGAUGAUGUGGAUAAAAGGGUCCAGAUAGAAAAUUUGCUUGGAGGAUGUGAUUGGUUUGCUUCUAGAAGCAAAAUCAUUAUAACAACAAGAGACAAACACUUGGAAGCUACGCUUGGAAAAUGUUUUUCAACGCACGAGGUUAAGGAAUUAAAUCAAGGUGAAGCUCUUGAGCUCUUUAGUAGGCAUGCCUUCCAAAGUAAAGAACCCAAAGAAGAUUAUUCGGAGCUUGCAAACCAAGUUAUACAAUAUGCCCAGGGACUUCCUUUAGCUCUAGUAGUAAUGGGUGCUAAUUUGAGUGGAAGAACUAAACUUGAAUGGAAAAGUGCAAUAGAUAAGUAUGAAAGAAUUCCCAACAAAGAAAUUCAAAACGUAUUGAAAAUAAGUUAUGACGGGUUGGAUGAAAAUGAACAAGAUAUUUUCCUUGAUGUUGCAUGUUUCUUUAAGGGAUUUCUUAUGAAGUAUGUCAUGGAUAUAUUGGAUUCUUGCGAUUUAUAUCCAUCAUAUGGGAUUGUAAAACUUAUUGAUAAGUGCCUAAUAACUGUUGAUCAAUAUGGCAAAUUGUCAAUGCAUAACUUGCUACAACAAAUGGGUAAGGACAUUGUUCGACAGGAAUCACCAAAACUUGGAGAGCGUAGUAGACUAUGGUGUUAUGAGGAUGUUCUUGAUGUACUAACUAAAAAUACGGGGUCGGAAAAGGUUCGAGGCAUAAUGAUAUGUGCACCUGAACCAUCAAAGAUUCAAUUAGAGUCUAAAUGUCUUGAAAAGAUGGAAAAUCUCAAGUUUCUUAUGGCUAGUAAUGUAGAUACUUGUGGAGAUCUUAAAUAUCUUCCCAACGGAUUAAGGGUGCUUGAUUGGCCUGGAUUUCCUUCAUCUUCCUUACCAUCCAAUUUUCAUCCUCCAAUACUCGUUGUUCUUAACAUGCCAGAAAGUCAUCUUAUAUUGCCCAAGCUUCUCGAGAGGACACAGUGUAAAAGCUUGACAUAUAUGAAUUUGCAAUCCAGCCAAUGCAUUAGGGAAUUACCCGACUUAUCGAUUUCCACCCCAAACAUAAAGCAAUUGAAUUUCUGUAAAUGUAUAAAUUUAGUCAAGGUUCAUGACUCUGUUGGAUGUCUUGAAAAGCUUGAAAGUUUGGACCUCACGGGUUGCAUUGGACUAAAAAUUCUUCCAAGCUGCAUCACAAUGAAAUCUCUUAAAAUUUUAAUUCUUUAUAAAUGCAAAAGGGUUAAGAGGUUUCCUAAUAUUUCACAAGAAAUGGAAAAUUUAAAGUUUCUAAGUCUGGCAUGCACUGCCAUUAGAGAGCUUCCUUCAUCAUUUAGGAAUCUUUCUGGGCUUGAGAGAUUAGAUAUAGGUUCCUAUUCCAGUACGUGUCAUCUUCCAAGUAGCAUCUAUGAAUUGCCACAUCUUCAUAAACUCUUUAUUUAUGGUAGUGUCCAAUUUCCAAAGGAUGUCCAGAUUGGCAUACAAGCACUAUGCAAUUCUUAUGGUGGAUUUUCAAAAUAUGGUUUUCUGAAGUUGAAUUUUCUAAAAAAAUUGACUUCUUGUUUCCACCUCUCAAAGAACUGGUUAUUAUCAAGGAGAAAAACUUCGAACCUUAAAGAUAACAUUAUGAGAUUCAAUGGAUUACGUUAUCUUCUAAUUGAGGAUUCUAAGUUCCUUAAGGAAAUUCCAGAGCUUCCGGAAAGUAUAAGAUCGGUGCAUGCAUCAAACUGCAUCUCAUUGAAUUCGCAAUCAAUAAGAAAUUUAUUCGAUCAGUUUGGAAGAAUUUUAGAUUUUCCACCAAAUAUGAUAUGUUCACGUGAGAAAGGCAACAUAUUAGCGAAUUCACAUUCACAUCAGAUUGAUUACUCUUCCAAGCACUCCUUCUCCAAGUUCAUCCUAAUUGAAAAAGAGUUACGUCCAACUCCAGAAAUGUAUCUGUUUGAUUUUGGAGUGAGAUAUAGUAUUACAGUACCAGAAAGGAAUAUUCCAGAGUGGUUCAACCAUCAAAGCAUUGAAAGUUCCAUAUUAUUCCGGAUUGGUCCAAAAUUUCCAACAUUUGCCUUUUGUAUUGCUUUUCAUCUAGUUCCGUUGAAAGACAGUUAUGCGAAUAAGUGCGGUUCUCUCCGUGAUGAUAGAAUCAGUUGGUUUUGUGCUGUUGACAUUUCCAUCAAUGGUCAAGCGCAAUCUUUCAUGCAGCAUCCGCUCUUUCACUUUCAGUAUCUGAAGUGUGAUCAUUUGUGGUUUUACGCUGUACCUCAUAGCCAAUUGCAGCAGAAAUUUGGAGACUUGUUGCAAGGUGAUCAAAAUCGUGUUGAGAUUUCAUGUAAAAUCUCUCACUGGACAAGUGAAUUCGGAAAGUUUGCACCUGUCAUUGCAGGGAUGGGGGCACAUGUGAAAUGCAUUUGUCCUCCUCAAAAUUCCAUUAUCAUCCAUAACAACUCUCAAAAUGUUGAUGACAACUCUGAGAACAUUGAGUUCGCACCGUUACUACAUCCUGCCACCACUUCCGAUGGUUCACAUAUGAAUCAUGUGAGUCUCAACGGACGCAGACGCAGACGCAGGAGAACCUCAACCUCCUCUAAUCGCUGA